AUGUGCCGCCUUCACAACCAGCUCUAUAAGGCCAAGGAAAAUAUGCGUGAUGAGAAAAGAAACGACGCACAAAUCCUUCUUGUCCCGAUCGACAUUUUCGAAAAGACCUUGGAAAAAAGCACCAACGGCUUCGUGAUUGCAGAGGCCGUGGUUUUUGACGGAUUCACGCUGAAAUGUGGAGCUCUAAGUCUAAUUUUUGGUCGGUGGCAAUAUCCUGCACAGCGUCUGCUUGCUGUGCAGGAAGGCCUGGGUCCCAAGUUGUUGUCGGGAUAUCCCAACAUCCUGAAGCACAAGGAGAUGGUGGCUGCGAUACCCGAGGUUCAGAAGUAUUACAAGAAACAAAACAACGCCGCUGGGCAGCGAAAAGUCUACGGACGAGCCAUCGAAGCAAGUCUUCCUCCCGGGCUAUUGAGGAAGAACGCUGAGUGGUUACGUAGCACAGCGGUAGCAGAAGCGUUAAAGACGACAUCUGCCAUGGCACCCAUCUACUUGGGCAACUUCAUCUCGCCAGCCCUGGGCCUGGUGGAGCGGCUAAUGACCUAUACGUCUCACCUGUUUGACGCGAAAAUGUCCCCGGCCUAG